AUGGAGUUGCCCAAGCUUGAAUUAGUAUCUCACAAUAACAACCUUGUUGAAACUCUUCAACAGCAAGCUCAAAACAGCAACUACGAUGGCCUCAUUGUCGUCUUCACUGACAAGCAGGCCUUGAAGAACGUGGUGCCCUCUGUUCAAAAGCACUUGGAAUUGGAUGCCUCUUUCGGCGAGUCUUUACAGUUGAUUCUCCCUGACGAUGCUCAACCUCACAAGCGCAUCCUGUUGGCUCCUACUGGCUCUCUUUACAAUGACUUUGAUGAUGUGCGUCGCUUCAAGGACAUUGCCUACUCUGUUGGUGUGCAGGCUCUCAAGGUUGGUAUCACAUCUCCUCUCGUCUGCUUUGCUGAUGAGCCUGUUGCCGCUGUCGAGUCUUACUGGACUUUUGAUGCCAACAGCGAUUACGAUCACUUUUUGGGCGUCACCAUGUUGGGUUUGUUGGAAUCUUGCUUUGAGCCCAUUGAUGUGCGCCAAAGCGCUUCUGUCAAGAUAAAGACUUUUGAGCGUGUUGGUGUCGUCAGCAGCAUCCCUCAAGACCAACAAGAGGGCCUGAUCAAGCUUGUCAGCGCUGUUGAAGCUGGUCGCCGUGUGUGUAAGGAUAUUGGUAACCCUGAUCCCGAGAUCAUGUCUCCCAUCAACAUUGCAAAGUACAUCCAAGAGCAGUUCAAGGGUGUCGAGAAUGUCAAGGUCUCUGUCAUUGAUGACAUUGAGUACAUCAAGAAGAACUACCCCUUGGCUCAUGCUGUCACUCGUGCUUCAUUGGCUGUUGAGCGCCAUCAUCCUCGUUUCGUCAAGUUUGAUUAUGUGUCUCCCGAUCAAUCCAAGGUCAAAGAAAAUCUCUUCUUUGUUGGUAAGGGUGUCACUUACGAUACCGGUGGAGCUGAUAUCAAGUGUAGUGGCCACAUGAGAGACAUGUCUCGUGACAAGUGUGGUGCUGCUGCUGUUGCUGGUUUCUUCAAGACCAUCUCCAUGAUGGCCCCUGAAAAGGUCAAUGUAUCCGGUGGUCUUGCUCUUGUCCGCAACUCCGUUGGCCCUGACAUGUAUGUGAGUGAUGAAGUCAUUGUCGCUCGUAGCGGAAAACGCGUAUUGGUAGGCAACACAGAUGCUGAGGGCCGUAUGGUCAUGACCGAUUUAUUGUGUGAGUUCAAAGAGAAGGUGCUUGCCAACAAGAAGGAAAACACUGCUGCUUCCAGCGCUCCCUCCCUCUUGUUUACUUGUGCUACCUUGACGGGUCAUGCUAUCCGUGCUUACGACGGCUAUGGUAUUACAUUGGACAAUGGUUUCGCCCGCAAGAACCGUGUUAGUAAGCGUGUCCAUGAUGCUGGCCAUCUCUUGGCUGAUCCCUUUGAGAUCUCCACAAUGCGUCGUGAAGAUGUGACAUGUGUUCGCCCUGGUCGCUCCAGUGAAGAUCUUGUCUCUGCCAACGAUCAACCUUCCACCAUGACUAACCGUGGCCAUCAAUACCCUGCUGGUUUCAUGUUGCAAGCUUCUGGUUUGGAUCAAUAUGGUUUAGAUAACAAGGAGAUCUCUAUCGGUUACACUCAUUUAGAUGUUGCUGGUUCAGCUGAAACUACUGGCGCUGUUGCCUGGAGUUUGCCUCGUGUCACCGGCUCUCCUGUCGUUGCCCUUGCUGGUGCAUUCCUCUUGUAG